AUGGCAGUUAAAGAGAAAUUGUUGAAGCUAGGAGUGGCUGGGAUUGAAGACCCUUUAUGUUCGUUGUGUGGCAGGUUUGUGGAAUCUGUUUCUCAUCUUUUUAUGCAUUGUGAGGUAGUUGGGGGUUUGUGGGUUAGAUUUGCGAAUUUUUGGAAUGUUUCUUUGGUGAUCCCUAAUAACAUCUUAGAUUUUAUUAUUAUGUGGGAUGAGCUACAACAGAAUUCCAGUAUUUGGAAAUUUAUCUUAAGGGCGGUGUUGUGGUCUAUAUGGAAAUGUAGGAAAGAGGUUAUCUUUAUGAAAGGAAAGCUGGAUGUGGUGAGGAUGUUCUUUAUUGCUCGAUUUCGAACAGUCUCUUGGUUUGCUGUUAGUUUUGACACUGGGCAGAUCUCUUUCGACUCCCUAGUGGGUGACUUAACUCUUGCUGAUUCGAUUGGUAGACAGAAAAAAAGUGGAUCCAAACCUACUUGUUGGGUUUCUCCUCCAGACGGAUUCAUAAAGAUUAAUGUUGAUGGGGCGAUGGUGAGUGGUUGGAAUAAAGGUGGUAUAGGUGGACUCAUAUGGGACAGCAGAGGUGUGUUGAUUCACUGGUUCUCUGAUAAGGUUGGAGGGGCCUCCGAUUAUGGCAAAAUUAUUGGCGAUAAAGAGGGGUUGUACAUGUUGUCUGAUUCAGGUGUUGGUCUUAAUAAGAGGAUUAUUUUAGAAUCGGAUUCAAGUAAUGCUUUGAAGUGGAUCAAGAAUCCAGAACUAAGCUCCCCUAUGUUUCUAUCCUUGGUGAAGGAGAUUGUUUCUAUAAUAGAAGGGAAGGAUAUUAUGUUAAGUCAAAUCUUGAGAGCUGCUAACAGGGAAGCGGACAGACUAGCUAAGGACGUGUUAAAGUUUCUGCAGGAAAAAGUGUUUAAGUCUUAUGUAAUUAGGAUUAAGGCUUCUAAAGUGACUCAUCUUUUGGGGGUUCUUGGUUUUGGAGGGUUUUGCUUUCUCUUGGGAGCGAAGCCACAAGGCAUUCCUUAUGUGUAUUGUUUCUUCUAUGUCAUCUUUGUUCCUCUUCGGUGGAUAUAUUACCGCUUUAAGAAAUGGCAUUACUAUCUUCUGGAUUUCUGCUAUUAUGCCAACACAAUCUUCUUGUUUGACCUUAUUCUUUAUCCGAAAAGUGAAAAGCUUUUCAUGGUUUGCUUCUCAUUUGCUGAGGGGCCAUUAGCAUGGGCACUCAUUGUUUGGCGUUGUAGCCUGGUUUUUAGUUCCGUUGACAAAAUUAUUAGUGUCCUCAUACAUCUUUUGCCUGGUAUGUUCGUAUUGUUUUUUUUCACAAUUCGAUGGUGGAAUCCAGCAACCUUCAAAGCCAUGCAACCUGAAGGAACAUCUAAUAGAAUUUCAUGGCCUUACGUAGAAGACCAAUCUUUCCUUUGGACUUGGCUGUUUGGGGUACCCUUAGCCGCUUAUACCCUCUGGCAAGUUCUUUAUUUCUUCAUCGUCCACGUGCUGCGUCGGCAGAGACUGUUAAGAGAUCCUGAAGUCAUGACAUCUUACAGGGAACUUUCUAAAAAGGCCAAGAAAGCAAACAACAUAUGGUGGCGUUUAAACGGGCUGCUCGGGUAUCAAAACCGUUUCUUGAUGUACAUUCUAUUCCAAGCCAUUUUUACAGUGGCAACCAUGGCACUCACUGUCCCCAUCUUCCUAUCAUACAAAUGCCAUGUCAUUUUCCAAAUACUCAAGGUUUCUGCUUCAGUAUGGAAUGGAGGAAGCUUCCUGUUAGAAGUGAUGCCUACACAGGUAAUCGUGAAGGAGAAGAAGAAAUCCGAGAUUCAGAUGCAGCCGGUACCACAAAAUGAUCAACCUUCGGAAAUAACGGUGAUGGCGAACAAUUCGUCGGAGAUACACCACCAGCCUUGAAAGCUGUAAAAUUCC